AUGGUGCUGCUCGCGCCUAAUAAGGGCGAGUCGAUGACGAGUUUUGGUGCGCUGAGAGCUCGGUUGAGAGUUGUGGCGGCAAGGUUCUUUGAUGAAGGGAUGGAGGACGGAGAGUUCGCAGUCGUGGACGAGUUUUACAAGGGAUUGGUGAACCAACAGCCAGUUUUGGUGAGUGGACUGCUGCCGAACGCAGCGAUGGUGAGGCGACUUGGUGGGGGUGAUGUGGUGGCGACGUUGCAUGCACUACUGCUGCAAGGGAGGGUGGUGUGCUACUCAGCCAAUGCAAGCGCAGCGUCGGCGGCGGUGAUUGCGUUGCUGGCGAUGUUACCGUCGCAAUUGGCGCACUAUUUGGUGCAAGAACGUAGAGAGGUGUUUGUGGUACAGCCGUGCUGUUCACUGGAGUUUGGAGAGGAUCUUUUCGGCGGUACUGGAGGGUAUUUGCUCGGGACGAAUAACCCGCUGUUGCUGAAAAACGAGAAAGCGCAGUUUGAUCUCGUCCUGGAUCUGGAUGCGGGGCAGGUCACCGCACACCCGACGGCGACGAGUGAGCGUGCUUUUGCGUUUGGGACGAAGACGGCAGAGUUGGCGGACGGACUCACUCGGCGCUUUACGGAUCCUGUUGCCCCCAUGCACAUGCGGAUUGUGGGUCAGCGCACGCGUGACAAUGAAUGGGUUUUGGCGCAAUGCCGUUUUGACGAAAAUGUCAAUUAUUCGGAGGCGAACUCAGGGAUGAUUGAUUUGUUUCCAGAGUCAUUCCGAUCGAUGCUUGAGGAAAUUGCGGCACCAGUGCUUGGAAGCUUAGUUGGAGUUGACGAUGACGAGGAACUUCUCAACCCACGCGCGGCAUUUUGCUCCGACUAUGGUUGGAGCUGGACUCUUUCGUGGCAGUCUACUAGCAGUUAUGCAAAGUGGCUUGAGCAAGAGCUGCGUCAGCGGAGGCUAACGCGAAGUAGCUCAACAGGGUCGUCUCGAACGCUAAAGCCUCCUCCUCACGAAGGACACGCAACGUACACAUACCCAAACGGCGACGAGUAUGAAGGCGAUUUUGUGGAAGGCAAACGGGAGGGCUAUGGUAUGUACUUGGAGCGUGCGACGGGCAAUCUAUACGACGGCUCGUGGCUUGCAGAUGAACGGCAUGGAAAAGGUGUCCUUACGUCCAAAGCAAGUGGGGGCUACAUUUACGAUGGCGAAUGGGUGCAUGACAUGCGGUGCGGACAUGGACAUAGUACCCGACGGGGAGGUGGAGGUACAAGGGGCGGAGAGAGCUAUACUGGUCAAUGGCAGGCGAAUCGCUUUCAUGGACGAGGGGUGCACGUUAACAGUGAAGGCGAUGUGUACGACGGCGAGUGGCGAGAUGGAGUUAGGCAUGGUGCCGGCAAGUUAACCAUAGUGAAGCCAGUGAAAGCAAGAGCUGGUGAAAUGGGAGGUGUGGUGCGAUACGUUGGCGAGUGGGCGGAUGGGAAGUUCCACGGAAUGGGAUCGUGCCAGUAUGCUGAUGGGUCUGAGUACUCUGGGACUUUUCGUCAAGGUCGACGACACGGAAAUGGUAUCUUAGUUCUUGCGUCGGGAGAUCGGUAUGAAGGGCAAUGGUGGCAAGGACUGCGUCACGGGCAGGGGAUUGCCCAUUCCAAGGGCUCAGGAACCACUCGUGAAGGUUCUUGGAAACGAGGUGUCGAGGUUAGCGAUGGUGAGUGGCUCAUCACUUUCGUCAAUGGUGACAAGUAUUCAGGUGCAUGCCGUCGUGGAAGACCAUGGGGCAACGGAACUUGCAAAUUCGCCAACGGUGCUGUAUACACUGGCGACUGGAUAGAUGGACUCCGCGAAGGCCGCGGCAUAUGUGUUAACCCUGACGGGACAAUGCUCGAGGGCGAGUGGCAGCACAGCGUAUUUGUUAAAGCUGUGCAAUCUCGGUCUCGGUUUGUGGACGUUUCACUUUCCUCUAAUUCUCCUCCAUCUUCUCCGAGACGUUCGUCUAUAUCAGCGAAAAGUGAAGGCGAAGCGGAACACCCGAUGUUUGGAGUUCAUCGUCAUGUUUAUCCGAGCGGAGAUGUGUACGAAGGAGAAUUUAAGGAGGGGUACCGUGAUGGUUUUGGUAUCUUCACUGAGCGCUCAACGGGUACAACGUACGAAGGGCAGUGGGUCCAAGAUUUGCGCCAUGGGAACGGGGUGCUGACGUCCGGAUCAAAGGACUUUAUUUAUGAUGGGGCUUGGGAGAGCGACCAACGAUGGGGCUACGGCCACUGCGUGAUAAGUGGAGGCCGCGAAACGUACAGUGGGCAAUGGAGGGAGAACGCCUUCCAUGGCAUCGGUAAAUACACUGAUGCUGAGGGAAGCGUAUAUGAAGGUGAAUUUGUUCGAGGUAAGAAGCAUGGCGUCGGUAAGCUCAUCGCUCCUGUCGUGGAGAUACACCCAGAGUCAUCCGAAAAACAUCAAACCGAACAAUACUCUGGUGAGUGGCGUGAUGGUUGCCGCGAAGGCGUGGGAGACGCGGUCUUUGCGGAUGGAUCAAGGUACUCCGGACAAUGGAGAGAUGAUCUUCAGGAAGGCGAGGGCACAUUCACGUCAGCAGAGGGUGAUCGAUAUGUGGGCCAAUGGCACCGUGGAUGCCGCGAAGGUGCGGGUAUACUCACGGUCGGAAGUUCAGGCGUGAUAAAAGAAGGUCAGUGGUAUCGCGACGAACCUGUUGACGGCGAAUGGACCAUUACAUUUCCAGACGGCAGCAAGUUCACCGGCGAGUGUGUUGAAGGGCGACCGCACGGACGGGGCCUCUGCAAAUAUGCUGGUGGUGAUCUGUAUGACGGCAUGUGGAUGCAUGGCAAGCGUCACGGUGCAGGCUCAGGUUUCUUCGCCAAUGGUGAGAGCUUCGUGGGUCAGUGGGAAAAUAAUCACGUAGCGCUCAACGGGCGAGGGAAAUUGACGCUGGCGGACGGCACCGUGCACGUGUACGCCAACUGA